CUCCGAGGCAGCACAUCUUUCAGCACUGCUUGCCUUCCUCGGCCUUCGGCUCUCGCAGGUGCCAGGGGCCAAGCCAUGGGGAGCCCCGCGGAACCACUGAGUGCGCUGGGCCGCUGGUACCUCUAUGCCCUUCACGGCUACCUGGCGGAGGUGCUGUUCACGGCCUCCUGGGACUUCGCCACGGCACGAGACUGGCGCUUCCGCGGAGGCAGCAGCGCCUGGGUGCCCUUCAUCUAUGGCACCUGCGGGCUGAUCCUGGAGCUCCUCUACCUGCGCCUGAGGGGCCGCUGCCGCCUGCCCACCCGCGCCGGGAUCUACACCGCCUGCAUCUACCUGUGGGAGUUUGGCACGGGCGCGCUGCUGCGCCACUUCGGGGCCUGCCCCUGGGACUACAGCCACUUCGCCUACAACUUCAUGGGGCUGGUCACGCUGGAGUACUGCGGCUUCUGGUUCGUGGGCUCCAUCCUGCUUGAGACCCUGGUCAUCCACAACGUCCUGCGGCUCCGGGUGGACGGUGCCCAGAAGACCCUCCGGUCCCGCGUCACUUUUGCGCUCAAAGAGGACUGAGUUGGGGAGGGGGGAGGGAGAACCACCCGCUGUUUCUUCCCGGAAGAACCACCCACAGCCAGGAGACCACCCCCUGUUCCUGCCUGGGAGACCCCUCCCCAUUUCUGUCUGGGGGAUCCACAACCUGUAUCUGUCCAGAGACCGACUGACUCUCUUUCUGCACGGAGAUCCACUCCUUGUCCCUGACCGUGAGACCCCCUCCCCAUUUCUGCCCAGGAAAUCCCCCCUC